AUUAAACAAAAUAGAAAUACAAAAGAAUGUGAAAAUGAAGAGAUGUGUGAUGAAGAUGGAUCAGAAGAGCUAAUUGAGGUAAUGGAGUUUCCAGUCAUCAAAAAGAAAACAAAUUACAACACCAAAAGACCUGGUAGACGUUCACAGCCUAGGUCAACUGAGGAAGAGAGUGGUAUACCAUGUGAAGAGUGUGGCAAAGAGUUCCGGUCUAUUACAACUUUGCGUGUUCACAUGAAAUCUCACUUAGAAGUAAAGGAUAUUCCAUGUCCAUACUGUGAUGAAACCUUCCCUCAGCGCCACGUACUACACCAACACCUAGUUAAUGACCACGAAGAAUCUAGUAACCUUACUUGUCCUGUUUGUCAGAAGGUGUUUACACGAACGGAUUCGUUGAAGUCUCAUAUGGUACGGAUGCAUGAGGAAGAUGGUGGGCUCAAUUGUUACAUCUGUGGUAAAAACUUUCCAAGUCAAGGUCAGCUUGAAAUGCAUGUCAGAGUUCACACAGGUGAAAGACCAUUUAUAUGUAAUUACUGUGCCAAAGGCUUUGUGCAGAAGGUGCACCUACGGACACAUCUUCGAACAAUGCAUAAUAUGCAAGAAAUUCAAAAUACACCAUGCAGAAUAUGUAAUGCAAUGUUGGAUGGCAGGGCUGGCCUCAGGGAACACUACAGUACUAUACAUGGCCUUACAAAUAAUCAGUACAAGUCCAGAGUUGCAAAACUAAGAAAGGAAGGCAAAAUACCGGAACUACCUCCUCCUGUUGUGAAGGAAGUAGAUCCAUCUCUAAAUUAUUAUAAGGUUAAUGUAACAGAGGUACUGUCACAACCCACUACUUCCACUCCAGUAACUUCGACUAAGACCUAUACACGUAAAGGUUCAGAAGAAUUGCGGGAGAUACGUAAAACAAUUUCAUCGGUUUCCAGAAGUGUCUCCAGCAGCACAAAUACAACUCAGCCAACAUUUGAAACACUUGGAGUUAAAAUAGAAGAAGAAGAUACGCCAAGACGGAGAGAUCAAGAGGAAUUAAAUAUUGUUGAAUCUGCAUUUAAGGUUGCAGAGCAAAUGGAUCAGCUGGAAGGCAAUGUACCAGGAAGUGCCACCAUCCUUGUUGCUGGUGAAGAUUCAGCUACCACUGGUGUGUAUUAUGCCAUUCCAGUGGUGAUGGAUAACACUACUACAUCCACUGCUGCUGCUACUACUACUACUGCACACACAUUCUUAGCAACAACUUCAAUCUCAUCUCAGCAACACCUUACCUCAACCAAUACCAUCACCUCCAAUGGAACAUCGAUGAUUUCUGCUACCCCUGUUGUAUCAUCGGGUCUCCAGGAAGUUCAUUUGGGACAAGACGACAUAGACGAAGAAUAUGCACAAUUUGCAGCUGAACACUCGCACAUUGGAAAUGAAGGCUUUAAUGCAGAGAGCUUAAGUAACAAAGGUUCAAUUGUUAAAGCUGAACCAUUGCAACUUUUCACGGACCCCAGUGAUCCUUCACAAUCAGAAACAGUCGAGAUGUUCACUAUGUGAACAUUAUGUAAUUAAUAUAAUUUUUUUAAAAUCUGUCAAAUGUAUUUUAUCCUGUUGAUAAUACAGGAGUGUCUCGUCAGUCACUGAAUUUUAAGUGUGUUAUUGCACUGGAUUUCCAGCAGUGUUUGUAGCACAGGUACAUUGCCAUGAGAGGUUGUUCAAAAUAAUACUAUUUUAAGUAAAAGUAACACAGUUUAGCAUGUUCUAUAUUAUUAACUUUACUUUUUUUUUUCUCAUUGCUUACCACCAAAGAUAUGUGCUGAGUUUUUGUGAUUUUUAGUCAUUACUUUUAGCAGUUUUGGUAAGCUACUUUUUAUCUGUGCUUUCCAUUUUAUUAUUUUUGUAGAAUAUUUAAAUUAUGAUUAUUUUUAAAUAUACAUGUAGAUUUCUGUUUCUUGACUUCAUGGUAAAUUAUUUAUUAGAACAUUCCCCGCCAGAAGUUGUACAUUAAUUUCUGUAUACUUGUAGGAAAAUGUCAGAUCUAUAUUCAUAUCAUAUAAAGACUUUGACAAUUAAAAGAGGAUCCAUCAA